CUGUCUGGAAGCUUUGGGGGAGAACAGUCUCAUUCGUCAUCUGCUAGCGUUCGGAAGUAUCUUUUCCGCUGUCCGACUACCGUUUGUGUGAGUGUAUUUGCAGAAAAAAAACCGGCAUUCCAACCAUUCGAGAGGCUACCCAUCGAGGCUUGAUAUAGUAUUAGCUGACUUUACGAAAGCAUUAAAACAUCUUCAUCAUGCCAGUCCCAGAGCUCCAGAAGCCAGCGCCCAAGUUCGCCGGAACCGCCGUCAUCGAUGGUGCGUUCAAGGAGAUCAAACUCGAAGACUACGCCGGCAAGUACCUGGUUCUGUUCUUCUACCCGUUGGACUUUACCUUCGUGUGCCCGACCGAGAUUAUCGCUUUCUCGGAUCGCGUAGAGGAGUUCAAGAAGAUUGGCUGCGAGGUGAUUGGAGUGUCGACCGAUAGCCACUUCACACAUCUGGCCUGGAUUAAUACCCCACGCAAACAGGGAGGAUUGGGCAGCCUCGGAAUCCCCCUGUUGGCGGACAAAUCGAUGAAGAUUUCCCGCGACUACGGAGUGCUGCAGGAGGAGAGCGGAAUUCCAUUCCGUGGCCUGUUCAUCAUCGACGGAAAGCAAAACCUGCGACAAGUGACCGUCAACGAUCUGCCCGUAGGACGCAGCGUCGAUGAGACCAUCCGUCUGGUGCAGGCAUUCCAGUUCACCGAUGAGCACGGUGAGGUUUGCCCGGCCAACUGGAAACCCGGUUCGAAAACCAUGGUCGCCGAUCCACACAAAUCCAAGGAGUAUUUCGACGCCGCUAACUAAAUCAGAAGCUACUAGGUAGUGAUAAGUGUAACACCCAAUAGUUGAGCAUAACCAGUACUGACACUAAACCAACUACAUUCUUGUAAUAGGCCCUAUACAUUGGGCAUUAAAUGUUUCGUUUGUUUUCAUACGCAAAUCAAUCUAAACGUUAGAAAGUUAAGAUCCACAACCAGCCUGGAGCUAGAAGUUUUAAAAACUCACAAAAAUAUCUGGAGCAAGUGUGCCGUUGAAAAUCUCUGUGAGCAAUAAAGAAAAAGUAUUGUUUUCUACACCUUA